CGUGCACGCUACAAUAUUUUAGUUUGUCACAAACAGAGCAUUCAACUAUGUCCUAUAAAAUAACACAAUGAAGGGUUACCGGAAAUGGGGAGUGUCUGGAGUUGCGCUUGCUUUGCUGUUGUUCUGUAAGGUAUCUGACCCAGCUCUGCUGUUGAACACUGAGUGGCCUCUAGUACACUGUGCAGACUUGUAAAUCAAUUCGUGUGCCGUUUCUGUUUUUUUUUUUUAUAUAUAUAAUAGGCCUAUCUUAAAAUGAGUUGCGGGUUUUGUCAUCUUGCUAUGGAGUCCAGAAAAACAGGACCGUUAUUACAAAAGGAAGAUACAGCUGCACACGAGAACUGUUUGCUGUUUUCUUCUGGACUUGUCACUCAAAGUACACCUGAAGGGGAUGACUUGGCAGGAUUUUCAGUGGAAGGUGUGAAAAAAGAAAUUAAUCGAGGGAGGAAACUGUAUUGCUUUAAGUGCAAGAAAUCUGGAGCGACUGUAGGCUGUGAAGUUAAAAAAUGCAAAAGAUCUUAUCAUUUUUUAUGCGCCUUAAAAGAUAAUGCAAAAAAGGAAGAAGAUAUGGACCGUGGAUUGUUUAGGAUCUAUUGUGAAAUCCACAAGAGUAAAAUACCAGAAGAUACAAUUGACGAUAAGAGUGAUGCCGAAUCUGAUCAAACUGAGGAAUCGGAAUCUGACACGGAUAACAGCAGUGAUGAAUGCACCAAGAAGACCCCUAAGAGAAAAAGAUCACCUCCAGCAAAAAGGAUUUAUUUCAAAAAAUCUAGAAAAAGGACAUCAAGCCCAAGAAUUGUAAUCUCAAAAAAGAACCCUGCAGAUGGAGAUAAAAGUGAUGACACUUUAAUAGAAAGUGAAGAUGCAGAAAUCCCAUGUAGUUCUGGAAUCAAUAGUCCAAAGAAGACAGAAAAACGGACACUAAUGAAAAGCCCCAGCAAAAAUUCUAUUGGUGCGAUUUCACCAAGACUCAAAGUAGUUAGAAUUGAUGCAGAUCUUGUGUCAAAAGGUAAAAACAUGAAUGAAAGUGAAGAUGAACAGCUGGCAACAGAUACAGACAAAAACGGUGCAUGUGACACAGGGGUCAGCGAUGCCAGCACAAACGUGGACUCGCAUGACGAGAAGGAAGAUGAGGAGGCUUCUGAAAGUAUCCUGAUGCCUAUAAACAUUGAAAGUGUAUCUCUUCGGAGAUCUGUAUAUUCAGGCAAUCCAGCAGAGUUCUGGAAGACGUGCAGAGAGGCGAGAUGCGUAGAGAAGCUUUUUUCAAAAAUUCAGACGACCGUGUCCAACGUGUCCCAAAAAAUUGUGAUGCAUGCUGCCAGUGAUCAUGAUUAUAAAUUUGCAAUGGACAUCCUGAUAGCUUCUGGUUUGUUGCCAGAAGUCAUUUCAGACAACAAUAAAGAUUUGAAGGAAAAAUUGAAGGAACUUGAGGCAGAAAUUGAUUCUUUGUUAAAAGCACAAGUCGCAAUGCAAGAACUCAAGGAGAUAACAAAGAACAUUCAAAAUUGAGAAUUGGGCCUACAGGUUUUUAAAAAUGAAUAAAAGUAUCAAACACACCAAUAAUGUCAUUAAAAUAAUGCUAUGCUAUCUGUAAUUUCAAAGGGAUUUUAUAUGAUUUUAAACCUGGUACAUGCUUAACAUUAUGUAAGAUUUAUAUUCUUUUACUGGCUUUGGAUAUUUCUUUAGUUUGAUUUUUCUAAACUGUGUACCUUAAUGUAGUCUCCUUUUUUUUUUUUUUUAUAAAUCUAGCAACAUUUAUAGAAUUGUUUGUUCAUCUAAGUAUGCGAUAAGUAGAUUGACCUCUGAUCUGUUAGGUAUCAAACUGUUCAUACAAAGUGAACCAAGUAACAUCAGAGUUGUUUUUCCUAAGGAUAUUAAAACAUCACAUUUAAAACACCUGUGAAAGGACAGACAAGUUUUAUUUUCCAGCACAGUGCAUUUAUAAGGUAGGAUAUCAGUCAGUAUGUGUUUGUUUUCUUAUUAUUUUAUAAUGUUUUUUACUGUGGGUAAUCAAGCUGUGUUAAUUUGAAUGCGUUUCAGUUCAUUGCAAUGUUUUUAGUUUUAGAGGUUACUUUUAAUUCAUCUAGCUCUGUUUAUCAAUACAUAUUUCAAUAUUUAAUAAACCAAGCUGUAUUGGUUUUGUGCAAGCCUUCGUUGCUUUACUUUUUGGGUCAGGUUAAAGAGAAGCAAAGUUUUACCACAUUAACCACUUCAACUCCAGAUGUAAAAAUGAAACUCCUUCCCAGGUAUCAGAUUUUGAAAAUAAUAAUAAUGUUUUCAAACUUGUAAUUGCUAUACAAUGUUAACAUAUGAUGAAUAAAACACAAAUAAAUGACUUAAACUGUGUUUUUCCUUAACCCUUUAUGCUGCUGUGUACUACAUACCCAUAUUCAAUAUGGAGAUAAACAAACAUGUUUUUUUUUCUUUUUUUUAACAAUGAGAACAAAAACACUGCUAAUACCGAUAACAAUAAUCAGUAAACAGUAAUUAUCAAAUAAAAAUCAAACAACAUCAAAACAUGUGCCAGUA